AUGAAGAUCGACGGCGGUAGACGCGAUCGCGACGAAGACGGGGAUGAACUCGUUCUGAGCCGACCUGCCAAGCGGCAGACAACACUCGUUAGUAAAAUCAUCACCCGAGGUACUACUCUUUUUCAUCCUUCCAACCUCUUCCUGCGCUUCCUCCCCAGAUUCAUUCGCCCCCAUCUGUUCUACCCGCCGUGGCCGUCGUCGUCGCGGGACAUAGUUCCUCCUUCUCCUUCCUUCACUCCUUCUUCGUCGCUUGUUCUACCUCCGAAGCACGACGUCUUCAUCAGCUUCAGAGGAAGCGACGUUCGCGAUACCUUCCUCAGCCAUCUCUACUCCUACCUGGAACGCCAUAAGAAAUUCGCCGUCUACAAAGACGAUUCAGAUCUCGAAAGAGGAGAAGAGAUCUCGCCGUCGCUGUUGGAUGCGAUCGAGAGAUCCGCGUGCUACAUCGCGAUUUUCUCCCCCAAUUACGCCGGUUCACCGUGGUGCUUGGACGAGCUCGUGAGGAUCCUCGACUGCUGUCAACGGUACGGGCGGCGGGUAGUUCCGGUGUUCUACGGGGGCGUGGAUCCUUCUCAUGUCGAAAAUCAAACUGGAAGCUACCGGAAGCUUCCGAAGGGGGAGGCGGAUGGCAAAAUUCGGAGUUGGAGAGCUGCUUUGACUAAGGCAGCCGCCAUUUCGGGCUUCGAUUCACGAGUUACCAGGUAUGCUUUGCGUAAUUUUUUCUCGUUUUGUAAAAUAGUGACAACCUUAAAGCGAAAACGAAAGAUAACACACGAGAUUUACGUGAUUUCCCUGUUCGUGAGAACAGGACUAGUCCACGGGAACGUGAGUUCCAGGAUGUUCUUAUUAGGUUUAGCAGAAUGAUCUGCAGCUGCUGUUACAUAGCCAUAAGGCCAAUAAACCCUUAUAUAUACUCUCAUCACAGCUUACCAAGCAAAUCCGGGGGAGGUCGGCGGUUGCGUGUCCCUCGUCUCAGAGUGGGAACAACGCCAGGAUCAAGUUGCCCACCAGCUACCUGUGCAUUCGGAUCAACAGUUGGUGAAGUGGAUCCUACGCCUUGGUCUUCAUCUAAGACCUGAAUCAAAACUGAUUGAGGAAAUUUGUAGAGCUGUGUUACAAGCUCUAUCCGCUCAAAUGGUACCGGCUUCAUAUUCCAAUGUGGGUUUGGUGGGAAUAGAGAGGAGGAUGAAUGAGAUCGAACAGUGGGUAACUAGUGGGAGUAAAAAUUUGACUAUAGGACUGUGGGGGACGGGUGGCAUCGGGAAGACAACUCUUGCGAAGGCUUUCUAUGAUAGAUUUUCCAGUCAAUUCGAAGUUUUGUAUUUCUGGAGUGACUUCUCAGACCAAUUAAGUGCUUCAUCGCAUUUGCGUGAUGGCUUGCAGAAUGAUUUCUUCUCUAGAUUGUUGGGUGAUGAGAAUGCAGGGAGAAUAUCUCGAGAUUUGAAAGACGAUCGGCUUGGCCGUACGAGGGCUUUGGUUGUCAUCGAUGAUGUGGGCGAUGAUGUUGGAGACAUCAGACACUUGAACAAUUUGUUUAACGGACGAUAUUGUGACUUAUUUGCGCCGGGAAGUAUAAUUAUCCUGACAAGCAGGAACAAACAAGUGCUUAAGAACGUGUGUCGUUACGUUUAUGAAGUGGCGGCUCUUGAUCAACAUGAAGCUCUACUGUUAUUCUGCCUCAGUGCAUUCAAAGAGCAUUGUCCUCCAAUCGAGUAUGAGGAGUGGUCCAAGAGAGUUAUCACUUAUGCGGAGGGUAACCCCUUAGCUCUCACUACUCUAGGCUCGCAUUUGUAUGGCAGGGACCGAAACUUUUGGGAUAUUGAGUUGAGAGCCUUGGAGCAUCACCCAAAUCAAAGUCUUGAAAGAGUCUUUCGGAGGAUUUAUGAUGGACUAGGUCAAAUAGAGAAAAAUGCAUUCCUUGAUAUUGCAUGUCUUUAUGGUCGAUACGAGGUUUCUGUCAAGGAGUUGGAAAGACUAUUGGAUGGAAACUAUGUUGAACAUGGUGGGAGUGAAAACCUUAUUACUAAAUUUAUUGACAAGUCUAUGUUAAAAGCGGACAAUGUUUAUUCUUCUUAUAUACAUAUGCAUGGGUUGCUGGUUGAUUUGGGCCGUAGCUUUGUCAAUGAAAAGCUCCGACUUGAAAAACGUUCAUGGCUGUUUGAAGCUCAAGACAUAUAUAGUUUCUUUAAACAAGGCAAGGGAAGUAAAGUCACCCGAGGCAUUUGUUGGGAUAAAUCCAGUGGUGAGUCGGGGAUAGAGGCAAUACAUCUGCAAUAUGAUGCUUUUGUGAAGUUGGAAAAUCUUAGAUACCUUUUGAUACGUCAAUCUGACACAAAAUUGGUUCUUUCUAAAGACGGUUUGAGAUGCCUACCAAAUUCAUUGGUAAUUCUUAGUUGGCACUCAUUCCCAAUGAGAUGUUUACCAUAUGAAUUUUGUUCGGAGAAUCUUACGACACUGUCUUUGCCUUCAAGCAACGUAGAACGACUUUGGGACGACAUGCAGAAUGUGGAUUUAAGAAAUUUGAAGUUCCUUGAUCUAAGCAAAUCCAAAUACUUGAAGAAGUUGCCUGAUCUCUCUACGGCUAAAAGACUGGAAAUAAUCUAUCUUAGUUUCUGUGUAGGCUUAGUGGAGCUUCCUCUAUCGAUUUUGCAUCUGCCCAAACUGGAAAACCUCCGUUUAGACGACUGUACCAGCUUGGAGUUGAAUGCAUUGGGAUAUUACACAGAUGUCAACAAGAAGGAUGAUAGGGCUACUGCUGCCAUUUUUCCAAAACUAGAACGAUUGAACCUAACCGGGACAUCAAUUCAAAACCAGAAGUUGGAGGAGCUGGAGAAGUUAACGUGGUGUGGCGAAAUUUCGGCCAAUGAUCAAGAGCUUGUUCAUUUAUGUGAUCUAAUUUUUCAGUCGAAGGCUCUUGUAGUUAUCCUUUUAUCUAACUGCAUCCGACUGAAGGAACUUCCAGAAAUCUUGGUGCCCAUGGAAGCUUUAUCACGUCUUGAUCUAGAUGGGUGCAUCAAUCUAUCACGACUUCCAGAUAGCAUUUCCAAUCUGGUACAACUGGAAGAGCUUACUCUGUCCCGUACAGCAAUCCAAGAGCUGCCAGCCACCAUUGGAGAUCUCGCAUGCUUGGAAGGAUUGUAUCUCGAUGAUUGCAAAAGUCUCAAACACCUCUGCGACACCAUUCACAAGCUAUCCAAAUUGCACCGCCUCGGGUUGUCUGGUUGCAAUCAACUCAGUCACUUACCGGAGCUUCCUUCAUCCUUGACAUGGUUGGAAGCAAAUGGCUGCACCGCACUUCAAACCAUGUCAAUUAGCAGGUUGAGUAAACAUAACUUCUUGAUGUGUGGAUGGAAUUUUGGAAACUGUGAAAAGCUGGAUUCAUAUGUGUGCAGCAUGCUUUUCAACAAGUUCACUCAAGAUGCCUUGGGUACGUGCACAGAGAUGGAUACUCCAUGGCUCUUACUUCCAAGAGGUUGGAAUAGUCCUGAUGGAUGGAGGCCUUCUGGGCUUAAUUCAGUGGUGACAGCCACACUUGGUCGCCUUUGGCAGUUGAAGGGACUAAUCUAUUGUGCUUCAUUCCAUACCGAAGUUGUCCAUCAACCUAUCCAUACUACUUCAUCUGUUUCAUUCAGAGUUUACUGUCACAAUUUGUCUAGCACUGGCGGGGGGGAUGUCAUAACUGCGAGUUCUUCCGAGGCAGUUCCAAUAUAUCGUGAAAACCUUGAUUCAGAAGAUGACCGGGGAAGUAACCUAUUAAUAUGGUAUGAUUCUGAGGUUAGCUGGAUGGCAGAGGUUUUAGUACCUCUGGAUUCUUCUUCCGCAGGUUUGGAGAUCACAGUUACAGAUGAUGCUACCAUUAAAUUCGUCUUUCAGGGCAUGCGCAGAGCCUUCCUACUCGAGGGAGGUGGUUCUGUUGAAAUACCAAUCAUUGUGGAGACUUGUGGGGUAAUACCGGUUUACGACAACAGGGAGAUAAUAAUAAUAGAUGAUGACGACAGUUGAUCUCCAGAGAGCCUCCUCGUGACAAUAUUGUUACAGAUCACAGGGCAGCUGAAUUGAUGAAAGGAAAUUUUUAUGCCGGUAUACGAUUGGUUGUUCUUUUCUUAUUCUAGUCUUCCUGUGUUAAUAUUGAACUCAAUUCUACCGCGCUUCGCCUGCAGUUAUAAGUACUGGUUGAUUGAGCUUACCUUGUUCUCGCUACUGCCAAAACCAGUUGCUUUGGUUCCAACUUCAUAUUUCUCCUUUUAAGUAGUGCAGGGUAACACAGAUCAGAGUUUUUCAUCAUCAGUA